AUGACUGGACAACUCAGCAACACCGAGACGUGGUCACUAUUGGCUUGCUCUGUAGCAAGCCUUGGCGUACUCUCUAACACUUGGAGCAGUGAUGGUGCACCAGUGUUCGCAUCGCUUGCUUUGAGCGGUUUGGCAUUCUCAUCAUCGUAUGCCAUUAUAAGAUGGACAGGAGACGCGUUCAUUCGAGUUGGGCGAAAAGGAAAGGAUAUGUCANAAAAACAACCCAUUGAACUUCCAGAGAUGAUGGGCUUGGUUAGCGCUCUCGUUUAUUUGUUGUGCAUCAUCACCUUCCUACCCUUUGCUUUCAAGCACGACAUCGUAGCGGCAACUUCAGGGGGCGGCAACAAGGAUGUUGUGAUCGAAGCCCAGCAUGUUCCUGACAAACCANAGCUUGCAUCGUAUGGAUUCGCAUAUGGCACUCUUGCGACUGUUAUCAUUCUGGGCAUCAUCGAUGACUUCUUCGACAUCAGAUGGAGGCACAAAUUCUUCAUCCCAGCUUUCGCAUCGCUCCCUAUAUUGGGAUUGUACUUUGUCGACUUUGGCGUCACUCACGUCGUGGUUCCUAUCCCACUGAGGCCAUACCUAGGGGAGAUCGUAGACCUGGGUUCAUUGUACUACUUGUACAUGUCGGCCAUUUCCAUCUUUUGCCCUAACAGCAUCAACAUCCUUGCUGGUAUCAAUGGCAUCGAGGUUGCCCAGUCGAUUGUGAUUGCCAUGCUAAUCCUCUUGAAUGACGCGUUCUAUCUGGUUCCUUCGACUCCGACUCUGCAUCCAGCGACUGAUUCGCACUUGUUCUCGGUCUACCUUUUGCUCCCGUUCCUCGGAGUAUCUUUCGCGCUCCUCAAACACAACUGGUUCCCUGCCAAGGUGUUUGUUGGAGACACGUACUGCUACUUUGCUGGAAUGGUCUUUGCCGUGGUGGGCAUCAUGGGUCACUUCAGCAAGACUCUAAUGCUUCUUUUCAUCCCUCAAGUUUUCAACUUCAUUUACUCUGCACCUCAACUCUUCCACAUCGUCCCUUGCCCUCGCCAUAGACUACCACGAUUUAAUGCUCGCACUGGCCUUUUGGAACCAUCAAAAGCUACUUUCUCGCCGGAAAAGCCCUUGAACAAAUGGGUGGGGGAAGUCCUCAAGGUCUUGGAUACCCUGAAGUUGUUGCGUGUCGAGACGGAUGAGAAGGGAACGGUCGUGUCUACCACGAAUCUGACCAUUCUCAACCUAUGGCUAGUUUGGAGAGGACCCAGGAGGGAGGAUCGCCUCGCGGUCGAGAUUUUGGCCAUGCAGACCUUUAUAGGCCUCCUCGGUCUCGCAGUCAGACACCGUCUUGCUUUGGUCAUAUUCUCGCAAGACAACCUAUAG